AGUCCCGCGCGGCCGGCUGGGGCUCGGAGUGGGGGCGGGCGGAGGCGGCGCCGCCCAGCGGGAUCCGGGCUGGAAGCCUCUCGGAGCGCCGCGUCCCAGCCGAGGGGCGCCCGGCGAGUCCCCGCGCGAGCGGAGAGUGUCAGAGGCAGAAGCAGAAGCCAUAAAGUUCCCCGGGCUUCUCUGAGGCCGCUGUCCGGGUUGUCCGUUUGGCCGCCCCCUCCCUGCCUGGCGAAGGCAAUGGCUUCCAAACUCCUGCGCGCGGUCAUCCUUGGGCCGCCCGGCUCUGGCAAGGGCACCGUGUGCCAGAGGAUCGCUCAGAGCUUUGGUCUCCAGCAUCUCUCCAGCGGCCACUUCUUGCGGGAGAACAUCAAAGCCAACACGGAAGUUGGUGAUAUGGCAAAGCAGUACAUAGAGAAAGGUCUUUUGGUUCCAGAUCAUGUGAUCACACGCCUAAUGAUGUCGGAGUUGGAGAAUAGGCGCGGCCAGCACUGGCUACUAGAUGGUUUUCCUAGGACAUUAGUACAGGCUGAAGCCCUGGACAGAAUCUGCGAGCUGGAUCUAGUGAUCACUUUGAACAUUCCAUUUGAAACACUCAAAGACCGUCUCAGCCGACGUUGGAUUCACCCUCCCAGUGGAAGGGUGUAUAACCUGGACUUCAAUCCACCUCAUGUGCAUGGGAUUGAUGACAUUACUGGUGAACCAUUAGUCCAGCAGGAGGAUGAUAAACCUGAAGCAGUUGCUGCCCGGCUAAGACAGUACAAGGAUGUGGCAAAGCCAGUCAUUGAAUUAUACAAGAGCCGAGGAGUGCUUCACCAAUUUUCUGGGACGGAGACUAACAAAAUCUGGCCCUAUGUUUACACGCUUUUCUCAAACAAGAUCACACCUAUUCAGUCCAAAGAAGCAUACUGAGCCCGCCCAAUGAAGAACCAGGAAGAUGUCAUUCAUUCAGUUAUAUGUGUAGUAUUGGUGCCGUGUCCAAAUUAGAAGCUAGCGGGGAUAGCUUGCAGUGUCUUUUCUAGUCUAAAUGGUGAACUGAAAUGAAAACAAAUGAGGAGAAAGAGUUAAUGAAGAGGCUCUUCUCUGCCUUUCUGAUGAAGGGUCACCCACACAUGUCUAGGAUGUCUCUGCACGUCUCAAGCCCUUCACAAGAAAGCAAGUACAGGCUGGAUUUCAAAGGGUGUAUAACCCAAACUCUAGCUGAUUUCUGACCAUCACAUUGUUGCCAUAGUAGCCUUUUAACACGUGAUGGUGUUGGCCUCUGGUUCUCCCUGCCCCCCAAAGGCUGUUGAACCACAGCACCAGGUGGCCUGAGAAUGCCAAGGGCAGUAGCCCCGGCCUUGUCCCAAGUUCUCUGGUAUGUGCCCUUCCUGGUGACCGUGCGAUUGAAGCCAGUUGCUCUGUGGUCACUUCUCUGGCCUUGAGUGACUGUCCACAAUUAGCUUUUCUGUUCGGAGUGCUACCUUUUUCUGCCUCCAUGCUCUGUAGAGUCUCUCCUUUUUCAGACAUCCUGGAAUGAAAGGAUUUGGCUUCUAGUAUUUUUAUUAGACUGUAUUUUGGUACAUCUGUUUUCUCCCUUCCUAGACUAUGAAGUAAUAGAUAGUUACUGCUUUUAUCUCUCUCAGAUUCCUUUCUAAGAGCCGAGAGUGAGGGGAGGGUGUCCAGAUGCUUCUUGCAGCAGGAACUGAGCUCUGCAGAGGGUCUACUUACGCUGCUGGGCUGACCCUCAUGGGUUGACACUGCUCUUUUCUUUUAUCAUGAAAAAAUAAAAUCCUCAAAGUCUUUGGGAGUCUUCAGAAAAAUGGGAGAUACUACAUACAUGUUAAAGAGUCAUUAUCUUGUGUAUAGAAGUAAUAAGACCAUAUGGAAUUACUGCACUAAAAGAAUAGUUUAGCUUUUUAUUCAAGACAAAAAAAAUGUAUUUUGAAAUGCUGCUAAAUAUUGAUGCUGACAGUGUUUUUCUCCUGUGAGUGACCCAAACAUAUUAUAAAUAGUUGGUAAAGGGAAUGGAGCCUGUGGGUUGAGGAAAAUGUUGCACUAGCUGUGCCCAGACUGAGUAUGACAGCUUUGUGAUUAUGGGAAAACAAAUUCUUAAUUUUUUUUUUCUUUCUAUUCCAAAGAUGCUUUCUGUGGGGUGGCCAUUAAGUCUAGAAAUAUAGAUGAUACAAUUUUGUCAUUCUUUGUAAUGUAAUAUCAAUAAACCAUUUAUUAAAGAUUUGCCUGGUUUCCAGACUUGGUGGCCACCUAAUGUAAUUCUGGCUCUCCUCUGGGAAGGACAAUGAAAUUUAUUCCUGUUGCCUUAAAAAUAAAUACCCCUCUUCAUGCAUCGUGAUCGUCCCUAAGGAGGGUUCUUUGCUAUUCCUGAGAGUGACUUCUAACUCCUCAUACUGAAGAGAAGGGGGGCGGGGAGCCUAUUUCAGCACGCCUCUGGUGUUGCAAUGCAUUGUUUAUUUUCUGAAGAUGUCCUGGAGAAUCUCCAGUCAAUUCCCUGGCAGAUGUGUUCUGUAUGGUAAUGAUUGCAUCUUCCUUACAAAUACUGCCCCGCUCUUGACAGUUCCUCUCCUCUAUACCUUCGUGAGAAUGUUCUUUGACUACCUUAGUGGAAACAUAGACUGGUCUCCUCAUUCUCUGAAUCACCAUGUUACUUUUUGGGUGUAUGCAAUGGAGAUGCCCAGUUCAGGUCUGUGAAACAUCAGUGCAUGAUAUGGACUUCUAGUGCUUUAGGAGAGCCAUGUUUGAAUGCCGGUUGGUGGGGACAGGGUGAAAAUCAGACCUGUAGGUAAAGCUCAGGUUUCCUGGGGAACCAGGUACGGAGAAAACAAACCUGAUAUGAAGAAAGUUGCACAAUUUAGACUAGUACUGCCAUGGAGACAAUUUCUAAAAACUAGGAAAAGUAGAGAGUUAAGGUUGUUUUAUGGGUAAUUCAAGAGAGGAAAGUUUGUGUCCUUUUGGAAGUAGAAAAAUCUACAUGACUCUUCCUUUACUUCUCUUUGUGUUUAACAGACUCCCUUUGGAGUUUUUGAGAGAGUUAUGAGAAAUGGCUGGUCCCUGAUGCCAUACUCUAGUUCUCAAUCCUUCCCUCCUCUCCUCCAGCAGAAUAGAUAGUUAUAGUCAGUGUGGGAGCCUCUCAGUGUCUCAACGGCAUUUGCUGUUUCUGUGCUUGGUGAGGGCCCUGUGCUUGGUGAGACCAAUAAAAAAGACAAACACCUUUUCCAUGCGUCUUUGAAAGAUGAUACUUAUUUCAUGUUCAGUGGCCUAAAAAGUCUAUUUCAGAUUUUCUUCAACAAGCUCUCUAGCAUUUUCUCCAGUAAUUUUGUAAAAAAUUAAAAUUCUCUUGAAAAUAUUUUGAUAAAAGCUAAAGGGACAUCUUUUCUUGGUUUUUCUUCUACUGCCACAGAUACGGUUCCUUCACAGUUCUGCAAAGAGAGUAAUUUGGGUGUCUAUAAGAUUCCUACCGGUCCACAUAUUCUGUGAUUUAGCCAGUUGUGAAUUAAUUUUGCUUUUCAUUGUCUGAACAGGCUUCCCACUUACUUAGAACUUGGAGACAUUGCUGUGUUUAAUAUCCUUUAACACUAAGGCAGACAUAAAAUAAGUAUCAUUUACUGAAGGCCUUUGGGCGAUAAGGUAAAGUUGUAGGACCUUAGCAAACACUCAUUUAAUCUUUCAAGCAUCCUUUGAGAUAGGCAUGAGGCCAUGUUUAUGAACACGGAAGACAAGGGUCAGAGAUGUGAAGCAUCUUGCCCAGGCUCUUGCUGCCAACAGACAGUCCAGCCAGGACUCACACCCAGGUUUUCCUGAUUCUGCAGCCUGAGUUUGCUCCUGGAUGUUAACUAUCUGUGUCCUGUCCCAACCAACCUAGGGUGCUGAGCCUGCUUGAUUUUGCUCGUAUUUCCAAGUGGCCUCGUCAAAAGUAGCAGAAGUGACAUUCAGCUCUAUAUGGGACUGUUCUCCCCCUCCCCGCUUUGCUUAAGCAAAGGGAGCUGCUAGAGGAAGAUCUGAGCCUUUGAUCUUCUUUCCUAGCUUCUCACUUAUAAAAUGAAAGGCUGUUGAAAUAGGCUGGGCUUGGGUCCAGGCUAAUCUGUGGAGGGGUCAGUUUCCUUCAUGUUCCUCACCUACCUAUGCUUUUGGUAUCCAUGGUAUUGUACCCCUAAGGGACCUUAACACUUCAUCCGCCUUCAACUAUAGUGCUCCCUGUAGAUCUGGGCUUCUGGGAGUUAGAUGCUACUCACUUUUCUUCCCUGAUACCAGGAGAAAUCACUCCCUCACUCCCACCCCCAAAUAAGGCCCUGAUGAUAAACAUCCUUCCUGAAGUGCUGGCAGGUGAUGGAGCCCCCAGCAUACCAUCUUGCCUAUGUCACAUUGCAUAUUAACAUGAUCCUGAAUGCUACAUUCACACCUUUGCCUGCCAUCUGAUGUGGCACUCACUGCUUGUCAUGCACAAUUCUGGCGGAAACCAGGGGAGAUUGGCUUCCUGUGUUAUCCGCCCUGCCCAGGGUCACUCCCCACCACCUUUCAGCAGCCAAGCUCAGAUGAACUCCAGCUUUACCCAGGGUGUACCCCUCCCUUUGGUAGGGAAGGAAAAAGGUAAUAACUGCCAAUGGAUAAGGGGGAUUCUUGGAAAGAGCUACUGCUGUGGCUUCGUCCACCUACCACUUAAAAAUGUUGUUGAGACAGGAUGGUUUUAGAUAGAUGGGUGCCUGUGCAAAACCACAAAUAGGACUGUUAGAAAAUUUAGUUCACUAAACUGAUUUCAGUAUUUGACUUUAGCUGUUUAGCAGUUUAAACAGCUUACCAGCCUGCUGGGGGUCCUGCUUAGGUCAUAAAGACCACAAAUUUCAAAUAUGUUAAGGCAUAGGCAUUCUUAGUAGUUCCUGUUUAUUGGUACUUAAUGCUAAGUGCAUUAUGUGCAUUGUCUAAUUAAAUCUGCAGUAGUUACCCUAACGUAAUAGAUGUUUUAGUUAUCUUGCCUCUGUGUAAAAACUGCAAUCAUUCUGUUCACUUAAGUUUGUAUUCUCAUGUAUCUAUAGGGAUUAAUCAAGAAAUCCAAAAGGGCCUUUUUUUGUACCUUUUCCUCCUUUGAGUUCCCCAUUCUAAUUAAUAGGUAAAGCAGUGUUAUUUGAUUGUACUUGGAAUCUUUGCUUUUGGCACUCUGGUGCUGAGGCAAGAAGUGGGCACUCAGUGGGUCUUGGUGGUAGUUGCACACUGUAUAUACAGAGAGCAUAUAUCUCAUCUGCACUCUGCUGAGUUACAGGAUCUCGGGAGACAUUCAUAUCUACCUGAUGAAUUUCAUUUAUUACCUUUCAUUUAAAACACAGUAUCUUUUUUUGCUGCAUUUAAUUUUGCCAGAGAGGCAAUUCAUAAGGCCAAGUUGUGUUCUUAGUAUGAAUUGCUUUCUUUUUAAUUCCCCUGCAUUUUUAGUAACUCCCUGGUCUAUUUGGUGUCUCAAAAGGAGAACCUAGCAAUGCAGCCUGUUUUUUUUUUUUUUGUUUUUUUUAAUACGGGAGUGUGGUCUAGUCAUAAGUUAUCAUCCCUUUCCACAUAUAACUGAUCCAGUCUGGUUUCUAGAUGAAAAGUGUGCAAGAGCCAGAUGUUGGGAAACCCAUGAAGCCGUAUUUCAACUAUGAAGAAAAAUAUACUUCUGCAUCUGUUGAGAUAUACUAUAAUUACAGUUGUUCAUAAAUGCCAUACCUUAUCUUUCUUUUAACAAAUUGCACAAUUCUUGCCAAAAUAAAUGCCAUUAUUCUGUAUGCUUCAGGGAAAUUCCCCCAAUUUGAUCAGUGAGCGUGUGUGUGUGUGUGUGUGUGUGUGUAGGGAGAGGGAGGGAGAGAUGGUGAAACAUUUCCAAGGGGACAAGAGCCCUUGGGUGGCAUGGAUGUGCAUUCCUUCCGGGUAAUAAUUAUGCUAUUCCAGGAAACAGCAUGUGUCUUCCUGGAAAUAAAGAUUUCCUGUCUGUAACUUUUGCAAGUUACACCAAGUGCACCUUGUGAUUCUCCCUGGGGUUGGUGUGUGUCUAAUUCCAUUUCAUAAAACCUUUCUUCAUUUUAAAGCUUUGGCUGUGAAGUCAGAAAUGUGCUAAAUAAAAACAAACUGUUUUGUAUUUAAUUUAGAGAAGGGUAAAGGGAAGAAAAAAAAAACUCAGUCUUUAUGUAAGCUCCAAGGUGUUAGGGCUUAGAGGGUUUUUCUAGUUUUAUGAGAAUUUGUACUACUGAUUUUUAUAUAUUCCUGUUUUUGAGAUGAACAGAUCUCUGGGGAAAUUGUUGCAUUACAAUGGCGUUUCACUGUGACCCCUGUCAAGCUCAAAUCUGUUCUCUUAAGCCAAUGACAACUUGUCACUUCGGUUUACUGUCCUGUGAAAAGUCAGCUCCAGUUUCCCAGAAGUUGUGUGUUUACGAUGAGUCAGUGCUUUUCUUCAGUGAAAGUUGUCAGCCCUCUUGAUUUGGGUGUAUAUGCUUAAUUCAGAGUAUCUAAACCUGUAGUCUAAUCUGUACAUGCUCUCCUAACUGUUAAUUGUUAUUGACUAUUUUGAUUAUCUUGCUUGAAGAUUGAUUCCUACUUUUUAAUUUGAUAGAAAUAAAGUUUUUUUUCCUGCUUAUAA